UAUUUUUCUCCUGGGACUCUGGAUAAUUCGUCGGCGUUCGUAAGAUGCAAGUUAGUAUUAAGAACGUGUGAUCGAAUUUGUAGCAUCCAUGGCGGGUGGUUAAGUAAGGCCUGUAAACAUUACAACAUGGCUUUUUACAACCUCGUACUACUGGGUCUCUUUCUGAUAUGCCAGCACAUUAGGUUUGUGAUGGCGGCUAGCGAAUGCACUACUGCAAUCGUGGCUUCUGUGUUUGGAACUAUUGGAGGAUUGCUUCUUAUUGCUGCCAUUGUGGCGCUUGUUUGGUACUGCUGCCGACAGCGAGACUCAAGUACGAAACUUCACAUUUUUUUGUAACAAUCCAAAAUUUCCAAGAGAUUUCAGUGCGAAGAUCACUUGGACCCGUUACUCGUUAAGGGGCACUAACCUAUGUUAUGCUUAAUUUCUUUUUUUUCUUAGCUUCUCUUUCCACAUCUUCUGCUGAUUCCGCAAGCGAUCAUGAAUUUUCAUUCGGCACAAAGACGAAAGGUGGUAACAUCGGCUUAAAUGGCAAUGGGACACCUGUUACGUUUUCACAUCGCUACAGUGAAAAAGCACCUUCAGUUGGUAAGUCAAAAAUGCCAAAUGCAAGCAAUUUAUAGACAUACGCACUUACACAUUCCUGUGGUACAGCCUUUAAACUCCCGUUUUAAAAAUAAUUUUUGCUCUGCUUGUUUCAAAAACAUUAGUUUUAGAAAUGAGUAAAACUUAAAAAAUAAAAACUACGCGAUGCAGGUUUAAAAAGAACAUGAAGGUUAUUUGCUUUGCAGCAUUAAUAAGCUUUAAAGAAUUUGGGUAAUCGUUAUAUUGGCCAAUUUCCACAUUCAUUAAUGAAACUAAACAAUAAACUUUAAAGCCAUUUGUUGUUAUAGCGCAAGUAACAGCCACUUUUCUAAGGAUAUUCUCGCUUAUCUCUAGUUAAGUUCAUGCCGGAGAGACUUUACUACGCUAACAGUUAACAAGCUCUCAUAUGAACAAAUUCGCUCGGGAAUAUAACUUACCUCCAACUGAUAUUUUUGAUUCGCCGCAGUCAGCCGUAUCAAAGCUCGUAUUGAUUUCUUUUUCUUUUUCCUUUUUACUUCAGUCAAAAUCUUUUUACCAGUUUCAGCGUCUUGUAUGCUGAUCGUGUUGUACAUAAAAUAAUUCCGUUCCACGAAAAUCAUUCUGUCAUUUAUCUCAACAAAACGCCGCAAACCAGCUAAGGAACUCAAGAUGACGCAGGGAAUUUGCAUAAAUACCAUUGAUUUUUUACAACCAUUCAAGCACAGAAUAUUCAAAGAAAAGAAUACAGUGUUCUCUUGUUUCAAGUUCAUUAUGAAAUGAAGUUACCAACUCUUGUACUAUUGAGUAAAAACCACGACUCCUUGCCGAUUAGGGGGAGAGAACUAUAAAGGUAAAUUUACCGAUGAGGAAAGAGUUAUUCAGGAUACAUGAACGAGAAUUUUCUUUCAACCCCAAAAAAACUUCGAGAAGGUUUCGGAAUCAAAAGCUUCCCUCAAACUGGAUGUUGGCAUUCCAAACUGAGUGAUUUAAAAAUAUAUUUGUGGUGAACACAGCAUGAAAGUGACGUUUUUCUGAAGGCGCAAAAAAAGUUGAAAGAAAAAAAUUUUAAAGUAAUGAAAUUCUCUAAACUAGAUGUAUCAUUGAAUCAUCCAAAGUAACCAAAAAAGCUGUAAAGUCAUUAAAAUCUGGUAUUCAUAAACCACUAUGAUUUAUUACAGUUUUCACGGGGUUGUGUUUAGACAAUAAAGACAAUUUAUAAAGAUUUAAUAAUUCAGUUCUCUAACUGUUCACUUAUUCAAUUGCUAGAACCUUACCUUGGUUCUGCUUCUGCAUGUUUUUAAAUUAAGUUAAAGCAAACUUUGAUAUUUUUUUAGUUCCUUGAAUCAAGAUAUUCUGGUAUUGUUGUGUUUGUUUCCUAAUUUUCAAAUGUUUAUAACAAUAUUUAAGGAAAAUUGAUGUUUUCUGGUGCUAAUUCAGGUAAAAAAAGCAGGGAGUAAAUGUUUCCUCUGUAAAUGAACUUAAGCAAAAAGAGUGGGAAAAAAUGAUUUACAAGUAAAAAAACAUGCCUUUCGAUCUUUAGACUGAGAAACUCGCUUACUAACCUACCACCAAAAAGUGAUUCACGAUAGAUAUAUUCUGCAGCUACAAAAUCGCUGGCUAAUCUAUUUUAUUAUAUCCACUUUGAAAUCACUAGCGAUCCCUGCAAUCUGAUUGGCUCUCAGCUGUGUGAUUUAUUCCCAAAUAGCACCAUUUUUGGCUCUAAAUCGCAUCUUUUUCCCAGGCAAUGAAAAAGGCACACCUAAACAGCACAAACACGCUUAUGAUUUUAUGCCAAAUUGCACUCCACUCAGUUGAAUUACCAUUAUAAAUAAAUACGCGUCCCGUAACUUCUUAGGUUGGGUAGUCUUGAGAAACUUUUUCUAUCUCAGCGAUCGUUGUCGCAGCGAUCGCAGCGAUCGCUGGAAAGCGGCUUCCAUCGCUAUAUCACAGCGAUCGUAGGGAUCAUACAGAAACCAGGCUUUACCCGAUGAUUGUGUUUGCUUUCGAUUGAAUGAUAUCACUUACACAAACAUGGUCAUUUUCAGUGUUUGUUUUACAUUCUUUUUUACCACUUUUUUCUGUAUCUUGUGAUUCGUUGUAAGUUUGUCAUUCCACUCUGUCUAAUAGGCCACAAACUUUUAUUUCAUUUCCUUCCUGCUGUUUGAGUUAUGCAAAGCCGGAUAUGAGAAAAUAUUGACGCAGCUAUCUUCAAUAAAUGGGAAAGAUUCUUUGUGCUUGCUGUCUAUUGGAACAGGAGGUCAAAAUUAUAACCCUUAAAGAAUUUAUAAAUACAGUGCUGCUAGGAAUAUGUCUAUAAACUCCUUUUUGUGACCAGUGGAAAUGGCUUUCUCGGACGAAAACAUAUUUUCGUUCAUUAUUUUAGCAGAGAGAAGUCAGUCAAGCAAAGAUGGUUGUAAUGGAAGUCAUGUGCAGUUUGCAUUGUAAUUAGCACCUAAACUGUACUUAGGUCCCUUGACGUAAGUUGCUGACAAGCAAGCGAAUUUUAAAAUCUCUGAAAAUUUUGGUUCGAGCAUCCAAGAACGCUAAAUUUAUACCACCUGUUGGGUCAAUUCUUAAUUUAUUGUGUUCACAGUUGGUCUUUUUAACUCGCACAUAUGUUAGCUUUUUAUAGCAAUGAUGUGUAUGCUGGAUUUAAUGACGGUUAAUUCAAACUUCUUCUUGUUGCGCAUACCACGGAACUAGCUUCCAGUGCUCUUGAGUCUUCGUGACGAACAAACAAAAGCAUUAUGUUUGGUGUAUGCGUAAUGCAGAUUUGAAGGCAGUCAAUCGUAAGCAAGACUGGCUUUUAUUGUUCAUUAUCGUUUUGCCACAUUUAAAUUAAAUAUAUACAUAAAAUUCAGAAAGAUGAGGCAAGGGAGCCAAUGGAAGCCAAUAAGGCUUAUGAAAAGGACCCUGUUUAAAAAUAUAUGACUCAAUUAUUAAAUAAAAAACUGGCAUCGGCAAGACAAUUUAACUAAACAUACACAAUUUCUUAUAACAUAGAAAAUAAUCAUUAAAUAGGAUAAAAAUAGAUGAGGCUGAAAGUGCAAGUGCAAAAAAGAAAAAAUACGAGAAAAAGAAAAACAAGCAAAAGAAGCGAAAAAGUUCACCUUCCUUCAGAAUCCUUCAAAUCCUUCAGAUUUAAUCGUUUUUCCUGCUCGUAUGUCACUAUGAAUUUUGCAGGUGUAUAUCUAACAAACAAAAAGCACUUUCGACUAAUCAGUUUUCAUUUGUGCCUGUGUGUUGUUGAUAGCAGUGAGACCCUCAUCAUAUAACUUACAACACGAUAUAACCGAGCCGUUCGGUAUGGUUAAAAAAAUACAAUUUUAUUAUAUAAAACAGCAGUGAAAUACCAAGUGAGCUUUUGCGCGAAAACAUGAUAUCUUCACAUUUGAAAAUACGAAAUUUCUCUUCAAGCGUUGAAAAAUAUCUCAAAAGUGAGCGCCGCUGCGCGGCCAUGUAACACCCACUUUAUACGUUUUAGGAAUAGAAAUGAGAAAGCAGGAAAAAAGUUAUUAAAGAAUUUGAAUUUGACGACUUUCAACGUGUUUUUUGCAUUAGUCUGUCAGUUUAUCGUAUAUGAACCACUUUAAUGAAGUGUAAAAUGUUGUGUUCCAGCCUACAACACAUCAGGUGUGGUUAACCCAGCCUUUGCUGGUGGGAGUCGUGAAGUUCUUAUUGACAUGCCACAAGGUCAUCAUGAUGAAGUUAAAAUUGAUCUGGAUGGAGAUCCAUCGUUCAAGCCUCCUGCACAUAACGAUGAAAUCAAGAUCGACAUGGAUGGAGGAUCUGGCAUUAAACUACCCUCCGGUUCAGGGGAUGCAAAGAUUGACAUGGAUGGAGGAUCUGACAUUAAACUACCCUCUGGUUCAGGGGGUGUAAAGAUUGACAUGGAUGGAGGAUCUGGCAUAAAACUACCCUUCAGUGGGGGGGAUGCAAAGAUUGACAUGGAUGGAGCAUCUGACAUUAAACUACCCUCCGGUUCAGGGGAUGCAAAGCUGGAUAUGGACUGGGAUCACGAACGUAAUGUUGACUUUCCAGAUGGAAAUCGCCGGGAAUUGAAGCUUCCCACGGGGAACGGAAGUCCUUCGGGUAGUGGUCUUCCAGGUACCGAUGCAAAUGUAAUCAUCAAGGGUCCAUCGAAACCUAAGUCGAUUCCAAGCGUUGAUUUGGUAAGAAAUUGAUCAGCCCAUUUUUCAAUUGUUUUUACAAUGUUUAAUUGCUUGAGUUUUGAACCGCUACAAAAGUUGAAAUAACUGGUAGCUUUGUCUAUUCUUUAGCCGGAUCAUUUAGCGCGCGAUAGUAAACACAGUGAACAUGAUAGUGAACAUUUCCUUUGGCAAUAACAGCGAGAAUAACUGUCAUCACUGCGACCAUAUUGCAUCCCGUUCUGUCUGUUAUCACCGUAUCCUUGUAAGAUUCAGUUUAAAAUCUCAGUUUCAUCAGAUCCCCCUCUUUAUCGGAUUUCUAGUAUUACUGAAAUAAUUUGAAACAUUCUACGACUACGCCCUGUAGUCCUAUCUACUUGAAAUCAUAUCCGUUUUCCUAAGUCAGGUUAGAACUAAAACAUGGAAUCCUACAGUUUUUAAGUUAAGACCUAUUGAAGGCUGCCAUGACAAAGAAUUGAGCCAACAGUGCAAAGUGGAAAAAGAAAGUCUCAUUUCGAAUAUACUAACAUCGUUUCUGCAAACUGUUACAUGAGGCUAAAAAGUCUUUUCCCCAUUUGCCUAUCUAAAGAGGUAGAAUUUUCUUAAAAACGAGUGACUUUCCUUUUCAGCCACAGAAAACUGUUGAUGUAUUUCUUGAACGUCCAGGAAAUGGUGGUUUCGGAUUACUGAUAGCAAGAGACAAGACUUUGCCUCCCCCUGCCUUGUUUGUUAGAGAAGUUACACCUGGAGGCAUCGCGGCAAAGACAGGACUCGUUGAUAAAGGUUAGAGAUUUAAACUAAUAAAACCUUUGUCUAGAAAAAAAGUCGCUGCACGCCCUGUGGUAGAUAAUUAAUUCAUAUCUUCUUUCACGACCUAGUCAGUUGAGGUGAUGACUACCACUUUUGGACUGCAUACUGCUGGUCUUCUCUUCAGGUGAUGAAUAUAAUGUCGAGUUGAUUAUGCAGUGCUUUUUGGAUCACAAUAGGGAACUAAGUUUCGCGCAUUUCAAUUUUUAAGGUUCCCUCCGUGGUUCGCUGGUGUACAAUUCAUCUCCUGAGUCUUCCAACAAUGACCUUGGUUGGGAGACACGUUUUAGCCAAUAUCGAAAACAAAUUACUCGAGUGCAGUGUGCAAGAGUCCGUCUUCCCAUACAGUCUAUGUUAUGUUGUCAAUGUCUAUGUGAUUUGUAGUGCAUGUUAUUUACUUGUCAUGAUUCAAUUGGUGUCUUUUCCCUUGUCCCAGUAUGAUCUACAGCUGUACGCAUUAGAACUCUUUGGCCAAGAAUGGCUAGACACGCCCACAAAGGGUAGGCGUUCAGUACUGUCUCGUUCAAAACGUUUACAGUUGGGCGAAUCAUGUUUAGAAAACGCUUGGACUUCACAAGUUGUAACCAGGCGUUAUUUAUUUUCUUUUUUUGCUUCUUUGACUCGAGAGGGAAAAAAACGCCUGAUACAUUCAUUUAACAAGCCGUCAACCGCCCCCUAAUUUAAUUUACAUAAUCUAACGUCUGCUUGACCUGUCAUGUUCUUAGCCAAUCAACGUUUACCAGACGGGAAUCAAAUUUUGGCGCGAAUAAUGUCCCUUUUGAAAUUAAUUUUAGGGAAAAGAAAUUUUUUAAGUACGUCCAUAUUCAGAUGGAGCUUCCUAAAAAAUCUUUUUUAAUGUUUUUUUCGGUGAUGAAAUACUGCUAGCUGGAGCUGCUGUACCUUUUUUUAACAGCUACAAAUAAUAAAGAAUUUACUGGUAAAAGUUCGUUGACUUCGUCAUGUACCGAAAGCAUUGAAAAAAAAAUUAUGCUGGUUUCACGGACUAAAAAGUGUUGUGAAAGUGAGGAUCGCUCAGAAUAAUUCGCAGGUUCCUGAAGGAGGAAUUACAGUCAAACUAGGUCAAGAGUCCAUUCAUCAAUUGAUUAUUAAUUUGAAAGUGAAUCCGUUUGUCGCUUCUGUUACUUGUACCCGGUAUCAAAUUGCAUUUAAACGAUCAGUAAAUUUUGGACUGGAACUUUUUAGUAUACGAUGAGAUGGAAAGUAUUUCAAUGGAUCAAAUUUCUAUUUGGAACUUGCUUCAAAUUUACGAAAACUGAGCCAGCAGAAUAUUCAUAACGAACUCGCGUGUUUAUUUACUACUCCUUGCGCAAGAAAAAAUGCAGACUGAAAUAAACAACAACUAACAGAUGGCGGAUUUUGGCCAAUCGGAACAGCGCAAAUCAUCCUUAUUGUUUCCUAUCCAAUCAGAAAGAAUUCCAUAUUCUGGCUUUUUUGCAUGUAAUUUCUGAAAGAAUUGUAUCAUACUCUAGAGGACAUGAUCGCAGGCUCCGCAAGUAGCGGAUCGUUUGUUCAAAGCAAAAACGAUGUCUGUGCGGUUUCACGUCGAAAAAUUAAUGUAGCUAUAUUGGUUCUAGGUGACAAGAUCAUUGCAAUUAAUGAAACAUCCAUUGAGGGAAUGCCUCAUGAUCAAGCCAUGUCACUUUUACGAGAUGAUAGCUUGAAAAUACUACAUCUAACACUGAAGAAAAAGGAACUUUACAAGAUAAAGGGUAGGUAAAAAGAGGUACUUUUUAAUAAUCAAGUGAACAGUUGACUAGACCAAUUUCAAUAUAUUAAAAUUCAAACUUGGCUCCGAGGCUUGGGAAAAUAAAACAAAAGUAAUCUAUUAUUCAUUGCCGAGCGUCAAGACGAUUUCAUUUGUUUUAUUCCCUGAAGCCUCGCAGCCAAGCAUGAAUUUUGAUAUAUCGAAGUUGGUCUAAAAUUCCUUCCAAUGAUUGCUACACUGUUUUGUAUCAUUAAUGUGGAGUACAAUAUAGAACGAUGUGACAAAUCAGCGACCUCAUUUAAAUUAGUCUUUAAGACUAUACCUUUCACUGUAAAAUUGACGCUCUUAUAAGCUUUGUUUUUAUGCGACAGUUAGAUGGUGAUGUUACAUAUUACUUCUUUGCCAAGUUAAAGAAAGGGUGGUCAAAUGAUAUUUGUACAAAAUGUGCAUUAAUAUAGGUUAAUUUAAAGUGUGAUUUCGCCUUUUUACUAUAAAGACUAUAACCUAAUAAAACCAGUACGAAAAUGCUUGCUUGGUUUUUACCUAGCAUGUUUUUUCUCUCCAAAAUUUCCUGUUAAAAUCUGACCCAGAAAAUUUAAAAACCGUUCAAAUUAGAGUUUGUUGAGAAAGCCUUUUUCCUCAAUUUCAGGAUUGAAUUUUUAAAAUUGUCUCGUACAAGCGGUUAAAACGCAACUGUUUUGUGCUUUAUAGCUGCUCAGGUAUACGUCCCACCCCCCCCCCCCCCCCCCCCCCCCCCCCCCCCCCCCCCCCCCCACGAACGCCCUUUUUUUUAAAAGGGCCCCACAUUUUUCUACCCCCAUUUGAAAAAAAAAACCCCCCCCACACAAAAAAACAAAUAAUAUAUAGGUGAGGUAGGAAAGGGUGGAGUUAUUUUAAUAUCCAUCACAUUAUAAGAGGAGGUGAACAUAAUCCUUUUAAUUUAGUUUUUGUGUAGAUACCUUUUUUUCCCCUUUGUAGUUUUAUAUUUUUAAAUUUCGUCCUCACACGGGUUAAAAACCCCCCCUUUUUUUCUUUUUCGCCGCCCCCGGUUAACCCCCCCCCCCCCCCCCCCCCCCCCACCUCCCCUGCGCAGCUUCUCCGUAAAGGAGCUCUUCUAGUUAAGAGUGCCACCAGUUUUCAUCACCCAGUUUGAAACACAAGCCUCACCACCAAUUAAACAUAGGUUAAGUACAGUAGUAGGGUACAGUAGAGUAUCUUUAUUAAAUCUCCACUAUAUGGCUCUUCCGAUUUAAUUUACAAAUUUGGAAAAGGAAAGAAGAAAAACAAGACUAAUUUACAAAUCUAAUUAUUAAUAACAAAUGGAAAAAAACUAAAACGAAAUAAAAAAGUAGCUACGAUAAUAUAUCGUUAUUACACUAUACACAUAUACCUAUUAUUGACUUAAAAAUACACUAAUGACGUAUACUGUUUUAGUCAUGCAAUCAGUCACCUAGUUCUCGGUGUGACAUUGCGGCUCUAAUUUUGCGCCACGCGUUCUACUAUUUCUUGUGCUUGCGCUUAGCAAGUUCCAAGUGUUGAUAGAUCGAUAAUGACAGGAACGUUGUGCAGUGGCUGUCAUGCACAAAGGAACGUCUAGGUUUUCCCUGAAGUACAUUCAACUAAAGGAUUUGUGAAAAGCAAAGGAAAUCGGCGCAAAAAAGUACAUUCAUUAUAAAAUUUUCAGAAUCCAAACUGUGGUUUUAUCCUUAAAUUUUUUGGUCGCCGCUUUAACCAACAUGGGCAUUUUGGGAAAAGCGCAUUUUCCAGAAUUCUUACAAGAGAAAUAUACCAAGACAGCUUAAAGAAUUUGGACGCCGACUCUGCCGGAAGAAUUUAGUUCCACGGAAGCUACCUAGCGCAUAGUCGCUAUAACAGAUUGAGAUUUACCUAGGCCUGGUUUCAGUUUUGCUUUAACCUGUCACCUGAUAUGUUCAAAAACAAGUCAAUGAAAACGAGCAGUCGAAAUCUUAAGGAGAACGUCUGCAAACAUGAUGUGCGGAUUUUUCUUAAACUACUAUUCAGCAAUUUCAACAUCGGUCUUAGAUUAUGGAACGAUGCUUAGCGGAGUAUAGAGCGAGGUCGAUAUCCUGAAUCGACAUAGUUCAACCUGUUUGGCAAUGUGUAUGCUAUAAAGCCCCAACAUUAGUAGUAUCAGUCGUGUGCAACGGAUAAUCUUUAUUAGCUUUUAUGAUAUACGAAGGUAGCUUUUUAAAUUUUUUAUGAAAGAUAAAUUGGCAGUCUUAACCCACCACUGGAUGUCGUUCUUGUGUCCUUCUGAAGCAUGUAAAUAAAAUAACAAGAAUGGUGAUUAUAUUAACAUUUCAAUUUUUUGAUGUCAAAAAUAUGUGAUGUCUAAGGUUGUGUAGAUCCUGCUUUUGCAAAGCUGAUCUGUCCAGCAUUCUUGACACCAGUCUUUGUAAAAAUUGUAAAGUAUGCGCAACAUAGCUUUAAGUUACUAAUGUAUCAUACAGUUUUAAUUCAAAAUUUUUAUAGCGUUAUAUUACUAAUUAGUUACUACUUUUCUUAGCCUACAUUUCAAAUUUUAUGUUUUGAGUGUCUUCAAUUAGUAAGGGGCGGGGCCCCUCAGCCACAUCUAAAAUACACGUUAACAAAGUUUCAUUCACGGUUUAUUCAUUCAUCAAUGUUUACAUAAUCAUGUUACUUAGAGAAAAAGAGCAUUGUUCAGAAGUCAGCGCCGUAGCUAGUAUGAGGCCAACCGAGGCACUCGCCUCGGUAAAAUUUUGACGAAUUUCGCCGAUCAUUUUUAUUUUACAUAAGCGAUCAUCGGAUAUUUUUAACGCAUCAUGAUAUUACAAAGAAUUCAGCAAUUCAGUCAAUAUACUAUGAAAAAAUUACCAUAUCAUCGAUCUCAAGGGGCUACGUACGUUAACUCAAAUUUUUUUUGAACAAAUACUGAUCAAAACCAUUGGCGAGGUUAACGGUCACCCAGAUUAUGUAGCGUGUUUCUGAUUAUUGCUUUUUAAAUUCCACUUAAAUUAACUCGAAAAAAAGUUACCGAAAGGCCCAGAAAACGCUGCAAAUCGCAUUUCCGAGAGACUAAAGUUCAAAAUUUCUCGGGGGGGGGGGCAUGCCCCCGAACCCCCCUAGCAACUCCCGCCUGCCUCGGUUGGCCGUUUGGUCUGGCUACGGCACUGGAAGUAUUGUAGAAAUUCUGCUCUUGUAGCCAGAGGAAACUAGGAGAGAAACAAGCGUUCUCCAACUGCAGGACCUAUAAAGUGUUGUAUUCUCUAAUCAAGCCGAUGUCGUCCUCCUAACUUUAAAUAGAUAGUUAUCUUUGAUGUUGUUGGGGGAAAAGUUCCAUUUACAACUAGUAUCUGGGUGGGUGGAUGUGAAGAAGCUUGACUGUACUCAGCCUCUCUUUGGAGGCAAUUUUGAGUUGAACCGAAAUUUUAUAUUCCAAUCAACUUUAAGGAAACUGCUAACAGUAUCAGUGAAUUUGCCUCUUUAUGCGGUUAAUUCAAUUAUAUUACGUUUCUCUUUCCAAAUCCUUUACUCUAGAAUGUCCGUAGGUUUCAGCCUUACACUACUCAACUGUUUAUUUCACAGGUAGAUCAGUUGAUAUACCUGAUGGAAUCAUAGAAGAAUCAUGUAAAGUUGAUAUGUCACCGGAAUUAGAGGCAGGUGUGCCGACACUUGAUGUUGAAGGGGUCCAAGGUCGCGCCCCUGACGGAGAAGCACUGCUAGAUGUAAACAUGGGUAAACCUCAUCUGAAUAAGCCUGAAGGAACGCUAAAAACACAGGUUUCUGGUCCAGAUACGUUUACAGACGUCGAUCUUGGUAAACCCUCGUAUGACCUGGAUCUACCGUCAUCUAAAAGGAAGAGUGCCAAGUGCUUCUCAUGCGCAUCCAGUGGAGACAGAGACGAGCCAUACAUUAAAGGAAAAUCGAACGUUGGCAUAGGUCUAAACACACCAGACCGAAAAGCACAAGACGUUAAAUUGUCUACCGGCAAACCUGACUUAAAACUUCCAUCCAGAGACUUUGAUGGACCGGAUGGCCAUAUGGAGAUGAAGGCAGGAAGGAACUUUGACAUGAGUGGAUCGGGUCCUGAAAUAAGAGACCCGGAUGUAGGAGAUACGCAAAAGGAAUAUGGGCUUCGUGGAUCAGCACCAGAUGUUGAUAUAGGUGUGGACCAUGGAAGAUAUAAUGGAGAUGCCUCCUUACCUACUGAAGGGGUUGCUCCAAAAGGACCCGGGCUUGGUCCCUCUUCCGCCGAGAUCGAUUUGCCUUCUGGAAAGAAAAAAAUAGGAAACUGCCUUACGUGCACAGCAAGUGGUAAAAAAGAUGAGCCCUAUAGGAAAGCUAGGAAAAACUAUGGAUACGAGUUUGAAGGACAAGACGUUGAUGGCUCCAUAGAAAUGAAAAGGCUUUCUGGGCCUUCAACUGAUGCCAGUGGACCAGGUGUUAACAUUUCUAAGAAACGACCAGGAGCCAAGUUAGACACCGGUGAUGUCGAUUCACCUGAGGCGAGAUUAAAUACAGAAAUAUCAGGUCCCAACGCUAAACUGUCAUCUGGUAGAGUAAAAGGCCCCUCAGCAAGUGGUGACGUACAUUCUCCGGAAGUAGAUUUUCCCUCCGCCAAGAAGAAGAGUGGUAGCUGUUUCUCCUGUGUAGGAAGUGGGGAUAAAGAUGAACCAUACAGAACAAACAGAGGAAAGACAGAUUUCAGUUGGAAUCCACCUGAAGUUGACGGAUCUUUAAAAAUGGAGAAACCUGACGAGCUGGAUAUCAGUGGCUCUGGUCCUGGUUUCAGUGGGAGGGGAGAGAAAAAGGACUUGGGAUACCAAGUAACUGGCCCAGACUUCAAUGUUCAUGGACCAAACAAAGGUAUUUCCACAGAAAUACCGAAGAUGGCGGUCGAUACAGCAUAUCGUCAUGUCAAGUCAGCAGACGUGCCCUCUGGAAAUAUGAGCGCAGGUAUUUCUGGCCCUGAAAUUGAUCUAAGUGGACCAAGUGCAGACGUUCCUGACAGAGACUUCACUAUUAAAGGACCGAAAGGAGAUUUUUCUGGGCCUAAAUUUGACGCUAGCCGACCCAAGGCAGGAGUGUCGGGGCCUGAAAUAGAUCUUAGCGGACCAAGUCCAGACCUUCCUAAGGGAGACAUCAAUAUUAAAGGGCUGAAAGGAGACUUUUCUGGACCCAAAUUUGACGUUAACCGACCAAAAGGAGGAGUGUCAAGGCCUGAAAUGGAUCUUAGAGGACCAAGUGCAGACGUUUCAAAGGGAGACUUCAAUGUUAGGGGACCAAAAGGAGUCUUUCCUGGGCCAGAAUUUGACGCUCGCCGACCAGAAAUAGGGGUUAAUGGGCCUGAAAUUGAUCUCGAUGGUCCCAAUUCGGACGUUUCUAACGGAGAAUUCAACAUGGGAGGUCCUAAAGGAGAUUCUUUCCGACCAGAAACGGAAUUUUCUGGACCUAACAUUGACUUACGUGGACCCAAAGCUGGCGCUUCCAGUGUUUCUGGUCCGGGUCCUGAUUUAUCAACUGGAAAUAUAAAGGACGCUAAAGUUCAUUUGGAUGCCCCGUCUGCUGAAAUAGAUUUGCCUUCCAGAAAGAAGAGAAUGGGUGGAAAUUGUUUUUCAUGCGCUGGUGGGGCCGACAAAGAUGUGCCAUAUGGGAAGAAAGCAGUAGAUGCUAAUGUUGAUCUUAAAGGUUCUGAUGCAGGCGUUGCUGGGCCGAAAUUGGACACUAGCCGACCAACAGUAGGCGUUUCGGGUCCUGGCAUUGAUUAUAGUGGACCAAAUGCAGACCUUCCUAAGGGUGACUUCAAUAUUAAAGGGCCGAAAGGAGACUUUUCUGGACCCGAAUUUGACGCUAACAGACCCAAAGCAGGAUUUUCUGGACCAGAAAUUGAUCCAAGUGGACCAAGUGCAGACAUUCCUGACAGAGACUUCCAUAUUAAAAGGCCGAAAGGAGACUUUUCUGGGCCCGAAUUUGAAGCUAGCCGAUUCAAAGCAGAAGUUUCUAGACCUGAAAUUGAUCUUAGUGGACCAAGUGCAGACGUUUCAAAGAAAGACUUCAAUGUUAUGGGACCAAAAGGAGACUUUUCUGGGCCAGAGUUUGACGCUUGUCGACCAGAAAUAGGAGUUAAUGGGCCUGAAAUUGAUCUCAGUGGCCCAAAUUCGGGCGUUUCCAACGGAGAAAUCAACAUAAAAGGACCUAAAGGAGAGUUUUCCAGGUCCGAAAUCGAUUCUCUUCGACCAGAAACAGAAUUUUCUGGGCCUAACAUUGACUUUCGUGGACCCAAGGCAGGCGCUUCCGUUAAAGAACCAAAUAUGGAACUAACAGGAAAGCCUAAAGUUUCUGGUCCUGGUCUUGAUGUAUCAACUGGAAAUAUAAAAGACCCUACAGUUAACUUGGAUGCCCCGUCUUCUGAAUUGGAUUUGCCUUCUAGAAAGAAGAGAAUGGGUGGAAAUUGUUUUUCAUGCGCUGGUGGGGCUGACAAAGAUCUGCCAUAUGGAAAGAAACGGGUAGAUGCUAAUGUUGAUCUAAAAGGUCCUCAUGCAGACUUUUCAGGGCCCGAAUUGAACACAAGCCGACCAAAAGUAGGAGGUUCAGGUCCUGGAAUUGAUCUCAGUGGACCAAGUGCAGACAUUUUUAAGGGAGACGUCAAUAUUACUCGACCGAAAGGAGACUUUUCUGGGCCCGAAUUUGACGCUAGCCGACCCAAAACAGGUGUGUCAGAGCCUGAGAUUGAUGUCAGUGGACUAAGUGCAGACAUUUCCAAGGCAGACUUCGAUGUAAGAGGACCGAAAGGAGAUUACUCUGGGCUCGAUGUUGAUGCUAGCCGACCAAAACCAGGACUUCCUGGACCUCAUUUGGAGCUCAGUGGACCAAGUGCAGAUAUUUCCAAGGGAGACUUUAAUACAGGAGGACCCAAAGCAAACUUGUCCAGGCCCGAAUUUGACACGAGCUAUCCAAAAGCAGGCGUUUCUGGGCCUAAAGUAAGUGCAGGUAGACCAAGCACCGAUUUUUCAGGGCCUAAAUUAGAUGUCAGUGGAUUAAAGGCAGACCUGUCUGUUGAAAAACCAAAGGUGUCUGGUCCAGAUCUUGAUGCCUCUAUUGGAAAAGUUGAGGACCCUGAAGGUAAUGUCAAUUCUCCGUCUGCUGAUUUAGAUUUUCCUUCCAGAAAGAAGAGAAAGAGUGUAAAUUGUUUGUCUUGCACUGGUGGGGUUGAUAAAGAUGCGCCAUAUGGAAAGAAAGCGAUGGAUGCUAAUAUUGAUCUAGAAGGUCCUAACGGGAAAAACCGAGAUGGCGAGUUUGAGCUUGGCCAUCCAGAGUUUGAUGGAAAAUUUGGAGCCAAAAAAGCUGGCAGUUUUGACCUUCACGGACCCAAUAUUGACAGUGAAGACUUGGCGAUGAAGAUAAAUACUCCAGAUUUCGACCUAAGGUCCAACAAACCUAAUUCUAGUUUCCAAACACCAGACCUGGACGUAAAGGCUGGUAAUAAAGGGGAAAUAGACAUUUCCCUACCAAACGUUACUCAUGAAAAGCCAGAAUUAUCAGGAACCUUUACUGGUGUACAAGAUAAAGACAUCGAACUUAGAAGUCCGGGCCUAGAUAUUAACAGUUCGCAAGGCAGCGCUGAUUGGGGCAUUUCUGGGUCAAAUCUUCCUGACGCGCCCAGGGUUGCUAUCAACAAGCCGUCAAUUUCUGGUGGGGAUUUAGAUGCUGAUGCCGAAGUACCAGGUCUAAGAAUUUCCGGUAGUAAACCUUCAUCGGAAUUGGAUACAAACGCCCUUGAUAAUAACACAGACGUUCCUAAGAGCGAUCUCCGUUUUGGCAUAAGUAAGCCAGACCUUGAUACGAAAGCUGAACUACCUGAUCUAGAAAUUUCAGCCCCAAAACCGCAAUUUGACGGAGAAGAAUUUGACAUGGAUAAUUCAGAGCCAGAAAUUCCUACUAAUGAUUUUAACUUUGAUCCAAGUUUACCUGGAAUCGGACGAGGAGUUGGAGGACUGGACAAGAACAUGAGAACAGGUGAAUACUUAGACAUUGAUAUAAAUCGACCUGACAUUAACGAAUAUGACAUGGAUAUACCGAAGCCGAAGAUUGAGACAGGUGAUGUCAGCUCAGAAGGCAGUUUGCCUGAACUCGAUACCCUUGCUGAGAGUCCAGCAAUUGGUUUAAACGAUAGACAGCUAGAUAUUAAUGUCUGGCAACCGACCCAAGACAUCCUAGCACCAAAAACACUCGACUCACCAGAGCCAAAUGGAGGAUGGUCUUUUCAACCCGGAGGAAAAGACUAUGACACCAAUUUUGACUGGAGUGUAAAUACAUCAACACCCAAACAAAAAGGCAGCAACCUUGCAAAACUCGAGUUAGAGACCGAACCGCUAGCAGUAGUAAACGAUUCCAAUUUAGAGCUUCAAAGUACUCCAACGAAGUUUCCUUCGAUGGAUUACGAGGAACCUCGAAAUCUUCAGCGUUAUGAUGAGAUUCGCCCUGACAUGGAAUUAAGGUUGUUAUCCCCAAAGAAGACGGACUAUCCAAAACCAGGUUUUGAAUUUGAAAACUCAGAAGGAAGUAUUGAUGUUGGAAAGGAUGGGAUAGAGCGGAAACCAGGCAGAAUGUCUUUAGUUAAGGUGGAAGAAAACGUGACCAUCUGCUCAGCGUCACUUGAAGAAGAUGAGCCUCCCGCUCCAAGGAAAAGAACAUUGACACUAGACAGAGAAGUCAGGCAGAAAAUUGAAGUUGUUUUCCCAGGUGAAGAGGGUUCAGACACAAAACAAAAAGGUUCGUCUAGCUCGUCCUCAUCUUCCUCCUCUGAAAGUGAAGAUAACAAAGAAAAAACCGAAAAGCGUAAAAAGAAAUCGCGGUUGUUUAAGGCGUUCAGAAAAAGUUCAACCAGUUCUGCAUCUUCAAAAGAGGAUGAAACUCCUAAGCAAAAAGAAAAAGAAAGGAAAUCUUCAACAAGUUCUUCCGCUUCCGAAGACGAGAAGGAAGGAAAAAAGAAACCAUCAAAAGGUGAUCUUGCCAUGGGAAUAACAACCCAAAUAAAGCCAAAGAAACGCAAAAGUUCUGGCAGCUCUUCCUCAUCGGAUAAUAAAACUGGUAAAAAGAGGUCUGUCAAGCAAAAAGACUCCAAGCAGCACAAAACGUCCACCAGCUCAACAUCGUCGUCAGACGAGGACCAUUCUAAGAAGACCAAUUUUCCAAUUUCAAGUGAAUACCCCAGUGCACCAGUAAAGUACAACGUGGAAUACACGACAUUACCCGAACAAUAUCUUGUGAGUGCAAACGCAGGAGGACCUAAGAAACCAGAGUCAAGUGUACCUACUGUGGUCUCUCACAUCCGAGAUGACAAAUCUAAACAUGAAGAAAGAAAAAGCUCCACAAGCUCCUCGUCUGAUGAGAGUAUACCAAAGCACACAACGUCUCCUAAAGAUCCUCAACCAUCGAUGCUAUACAAAGUAGAGUAUUUUACUAAUCAGCAAAAAUAUAUCAUUGAACCUCAUGAUGAAUUUGAUAAACCAGAAUUAAGUGCUGCAGAGGUCCAGGAAGAUGCUCCAAAAGUGGAAUUUCACUCUGUUAAACCUGAAGAUACCAAAUUCUCCUUUAUUGAAUCAAAGGAACGGAAAAGCUCAACAAGUUCGUUAUCCUCGGAUAAGGGUGCUUCCGACGUCCAGGAAGUCGACCUGAAGAUGGAAUCGCCUUCUAUUGAACUUAAAGAUCCAUCAGCAAAUGAGCGCAAGAGUUCAACAACUUCAACUUCCUCUGAAGAGAGUGGUCGUCUCUCACCCAACCUAGGGGUAAGCGUGCAAAGGCAAGAAACAGUGCACCAUGUGUCAACCCCUGAUCACUUCUCUAUCAAUCAGGUGGACGUCCCAGCAGUAACUGAAGACCCUUUAGUCAUCGUAACUCGCUCCUUUAAAAGACUUGUACCGGAGAGUGACGAGGAAGGCGCCACGGAACAUUCUAAAGUCCAGCUUAACGAGCCUCCAGUGACCUUAGCCUACCAUCUCCAGUACACUCACAAUAUUAGAAUGGGUAUGGAGGACAAUGAUAACCAAGUCCAAGAAGAAGGAAUUGCACCUGUUGUUCGUUCGCGAUCAGUAGAGUAUGAAGUUCCAGACUUGUCAAUUGUGUUGCAACCAGAAGACGAUCAUUCAUUCAAAGCAAAUGAGCGCAAGAGUUCAACAACUUCAACUUCCUCUGAAGAGAGUGGUCGUCUCUCACCCAACCUAGGGGUAAGCGUGCAAAGGCAUGAAACAGUGCACCAUGUGUCAACCCCUGAUCACUUCUCUAUCAAUCAGGUGGACGUCCCAGCAGUAACUGAAGACCCUUUAGUCAUCGUAACUCGUUCCUUUAAAAGACCUGUACCGGAGAAUGACGAGGAAGGCGCCACGGAACAUUCUAAAGUCCAGCUUAACGAGCCUCCAGUGACCUUAGCCUACCAUCUCCAGUACUCUCACAAUAUUAGAAUGGGUAUGGAGGACAAUGAUAACCAAGUCCAAGAAGAAGGAAUUGCACCUGUUGUUCGUUCGUGCUCAGUAGAGUAUGAAGUUCCAGACUUGUCAAUUGUGUUGCAACCAGAAGACGGUCAUUCGAAGGACGAAGAGAAAGCUGAAAAUCGGGUGCCAACCGACGAAAAAGACCGCGCAUCUCCGACAAUGAACAUACAAGCACAUACCUUUGAGACCGUGUACGAGGUAAAUAUUCCGGAAAGACCAACCACAGAUAACUAUGAGCUGGAAAUUCAAGAACACUCACCUGUUGUUGUGUUACGGUCAGUUAAAAGGAUUUCCUCUGAACAUAAUGACAUGGAGGAAGAUACCCAGAUAUUAACCAGCAAUGCAGACGUUCAGUUAAGUGAGCCUAGUAACGAUGUCCAGCUCGACUAUCCAGAGGGAUGGGGUGUUUCCACCACUGAUGACUACCAUUUGCCGAGAGCUGAAGAAGAAUGGAUCGUGAAGCACUCAGUGAAAAAGGAUAAACCAGACAUAACAUCCUUGGCAGGUUCACUUGAUUUUCCUGAAAAUAAAAAUCAGCCGAAGGCAGAAUCUAACCAGGAUAAAGAUGCCAGUGUAAAAUCUCCUCGUGAGGCAAGUUCCGUAAGACGAAAUUCUAACUCUCGCCUUUGGGACUUAAUGCAGGGAUACUUGAUAGAGAGACCAAUUGUGGAUGAUGAUGAUGAUGAUGACAAAGACUCUACACCAGACCCUGAAAAGACCACGGAAGUAAAGAAUGAGGGUGACUCAAAACCAGAAAAACCGGAAAGAAGUGUUUUUAAUUUUACGAUACAGCCGGUCAAAUUUGAUACCGUUGAUGUCCAAGUUCAAGCUAACGACAGUAAAGAACCAGCGAAAAAAUUGACUACGUCCUUUACACAAGUAGAGGUUGAUGUUCCAAAAGAAACACCUCCUGUCUCUCAGUUUGAUAUCAUCGCAGUUAAACCUGAUGUUAAAGAGCAGCAUACUGAACUUAAGACUGCGCCAGUUCCGAAAGUGGAAAGUGUUAUACCAAAAGCAACAUCCAGCGUGUCACAGUUUGAACCUGUUGCCAUUCAACUUGACGUCGGUGGUAAACAGCCUAUUUUAAAAGAUUCUCGUUCCUCAUGGCGAAAGGAAGCUUCGCUUCCCUCAGAUGCAGAUGACAACGAAUCCGACCCUUGGAUGAGACAUUACUCCAAAGGACUUCAUCAAAGAGGCCAUCAUCAACCAUCAACUUCAAAGUUUACGGAAAAGGAAUCAACAGUUCCUGAAAGGCCAGGCCUAAGCCUGUCUAAAGUACCACACGUUAAAGGAGUAAGGACAUCAUCUGAGCACCAACGUGAAAGGCCAAGAUAUUCCAUCGAUGGCCGGGCUCGUAUCGAGCCUGCAUCUUUUCCAAGCGUCACAAAUCGCAGCCAACCAGGGACAUCCAGACAAGAGCCCUCGAACAGACCAUCAGUUAGCAGUUUACGUUCUUUUUGGGAUAAAUAA